AUGGGUCUCUUCCCCAAUCGAAAGCGUCAACAAGCAAUACCAGCUCAACAAGCAGGAGUAAUAUCCCCCCAGGGCAGAACCACCGACAAAAGUUCCGAUCGAACAUUAACAUCCGGUCACGAAAAUCCCAAUUACAUCUCCGCAACCGGUGUUGAUAUCAAGAGAGCCACAAAAGCACGUAAAACGGCAAUAUACAUAUCCAGUUUCUUAUACGUAGUCUCCAUUGUAUUUUUAAUUCUCACUAUUAUUGGUAAUAUCAAUGAUCGUCCAGUCAUUCGUAAUACCUGGUUUUUCCGUCUCGACCUCACAAACAUCAUCCCCGAAUCCGUCGGCGGAAGUAUAACACUCACCAAUUCCCUGGCUCGAUCCCUCGGUCUCCACGAUUUCUACCAAGUCGGAUUGUGGAAUUUCUGCGAAGGAUACAACGAUGAAGGCAUCACAUCAUGUUCAGAGCCGCAGAAACUCUACUGGUUCAACCCAGUCAAUAUUCUCCUCAACGAAUUACUCUCCGGUGCUACCAUCGCUUUACCCGCACAGAUUAACAAUAUCCUCAGUUUAAUCCGCAUUGCAAGUCACAUCAUGUUUGGAUUUUUCAUCACAGGAGUAGCCAUGAAUUUCUGCAAUAUCUUCCUCUGCUUCUUCACCAUCUACUCACGCUGGAUAUCGGGUAUCUACGCCAUCUGGGCAUUUAUAUCCGCACUACUUACCACGGUCGCAGCCAUCAUCGCCACAGUCAUGUUCAUCAUCUUCCGCAAUGUCAUCACGUCGCAAGCGGGUCUCAAUAUCGGUGCUAGUAUCGGUGAACAAAUGUUUGCGUUUAUGUGGAUAGGUGCCGCUUGUUCGAUUGUUAAUUGGCUUAUUCAUAUGGGUAUGUGUUGUUGUGGUGCGUCCAGGAGAGAUGUAAAGAAUGGGAGGAGAAUGGGUAGUAAGAAGGCUUAUUCUAGUGGGGCGCUUAUGGAAGAGAAGAAUUCCGCAACGAAAAAGAGACAUUUACCUGCGUUUAAGAGGUCGAAGACUCCGGGUGAGGUUGUUUAG